GUCUAGCAGACUCCAGGAGCACCUACAAAAGCAGCGGGACUUGGGUGAGCCACACGUUGCUAAACCUAGACAUGCGGCUGAUCGCCGUAGCAGCGUGUGCGUCUUAGACUUGCCACUUCCUCAGACCCUGCGCUGGCAGCCGCAGCGCUGUGACACCUGCAGAUUGCUGAGAAGUGGCCUCGCAGCUUUUGCAGUGACAGACGCUGACAUCAUGGACGCGGCUCCUACAGUUCUACGCCACGAUCCAAAGAGCCAAGGGGUCAAAGAAAAGCCUGUCUUCUUCACAAGGCCGUGGCUCCUGCACGUACUGCAGAACUUCAAUGAGUCACUGUCCGCGCGCCAAGUGAGGCGGACUCUCAUGCAGGUCUACAGCGCAAAUCUUUUGGCAAGCCAAUUUAAGGGGCCCUGUGUGUCAAUCUUCCAUGCUUUGCCAUCAUCACACGCCCUGCGCAGCGUCAUUCUCACAUCCUUGAACCAGUACUUGGACUCACGUGUGCGGCAGGUGCAGGCGCUGGUGUGUGUUUACUCCGGCCAACUAAUCCGUGGAGAUGGACAUUGGAAGCUGGCCCGGCUAGCAUGGACGGGGUUGGAUGGAGCUUUGUUGGCUCCGCCAACCAUUGCGCACGGGGAGAGCAUCGAGGAGUUGUUACUUGACUUGAGGCCGCUGAUGAUGGCUAUCAAGGAGCAUCGGAUGGCCGCUGGAUUGACCUUUGAGGAGAGUAUGGUCGUCGCGCACGCCACUGAUAGCUGGAGAAAACACAGGCAUAAACUUCAAAGCUUCUAUGAGGACAUCUACGCCGAGGGUAGAAUCAAGGCCAGGGCAGACACACCCAAGGCCGAAAGCGCCGUGGCCGAAGCUGGGGGUCAGCUCCUAGGCGCAUUGAUCACUGGGGAUCCACUCCAUGAUGUGAUCAACUUCCGCAAGCUUGUGGCUGCUCACGCCUGUGACGCCACCGACCUGAUCUAUGACCACCAAGACGUGAUGAAUCGGUUGUCAGCUAAGGUGGUGGAGGGCGAAACUACUCAGUGGCCAACUCCCCCGCCUUUGCCAGGCUAUGCGCAUUCCUUGCUUCGUAUGGGGAUUGAGCAGCCUGUCUCCACCUUCAAGGAUGCCAUGACCAAACGAGAGAAUGAACCCACGUGGAAGGAACUUUUUAAAGCAAACCCUCCCAGAGGAACGUUGGCCAGACUGGCGAGGAGGUGCCAGGCAACCUUGCACGAGAGCACAUGCUUUCGGAACUACGCCUCCGUCAAAGCAUUUAGGGCUGAAAUCAAACGAGUUCGAGCCUGGUACAGACGCCCGCGUCGGCAAUCCCGACCUUUCCGGGGAAUCAAGCGGAGUCGGGCCCAGAGAUUACACGUUCGUGGCAUUAAGAAGGUGUGGACAGGCAAGGUCGCAAAGCAUUACAGGAUCUUGCUCAAAAGCCGGGUGCCAGCCUUGUGGGCGUGGCGCCAAGUGGCCCUUGACGUGCACAACAUCAAGGUGCCCGUUCAAUCUGGCACCCAACCUACAGAAAGGCUUUGGAGCUGCCUGCUUGACAUGUUACCGGCAGCUGGUCGCACUGUUUCGGUACAGUGGUUCCAGAUGCUCUCUAAGCUAGCCUUCAUUCGCUACAACCAUGGGCAUUUUUGCCGGGGUAGCUUGCCCACAUGGUGCGAGCGGGAUUCGCUCCUUUUGCAACGAGGAGAUGCUUUGAGGGCUCUCCUUUUUGAUGAGGAUCCAGAUCUGGACCACUUGCUCCCGCUCAUGGAGCCCUUUUUGAAGGCCAACCCGUCGUAG